CUCCAUCAACACCCCUCAGAGUCAGUGGAGAGCAGUGAGCACCUGUGUGAGAGUUGCAGAGUUGCAGUAUGUUUCCCGCUCCGCAUCUUCUUCGUGUGGCUUUCACUUAAUGCGCUGAACAUUUCUGGAGGACAUCUCUUUUUUUCAGCUCAUGUGAGAUCUCAGCUUCUCUUUGGAAUGAUGGGGACCUUACAUGACAGUAUUGGAUUUGUGCUCUUUUCCUGUUUGUCCAUUCAAGUUGGAUUUUCUCUUGAUGGAAAGUUUACCGAUUUCCCUACUAACAUCACUGCAAGGGAAGGACAGAACAUUGAAAUGGCAUGUGCCUUUCAAAGUGGGAUGUCCUCGGUUUACUUAGAGAUCCAGUGGUGGUUUAUUCGAGCUCCAGAGGAACUGAUUACGAGCGAGGAGGAUGAGGACGAUACGGAGAUGGAGCUGAUUCCAGAUCCAGAACCUGAUGAAGAAGGGACUAAAAUAAGUACAGUCAAGGUCCAAGGCAAUGACAUCUCCCACAAGCUGCAGAUCUCUCGGGUGAGCAAGAAUGACGAGGGUCUGUAUGAAUGCCGUGUCACAGAUGCCAACUAUGGAGAGCUGAAGGAGUACAAAGCUCAAGCCUACCUGAAAGUCAACGCCACCGUCCGCCCUCGCAACAGGACCAUUAAGAAGAGCUCUCCGCUGCACCUGACCGAUAAGAAACCACGCAAGAGCAGCUCGGCUCUCGGCCAGGACAGCAACGGCAUGAGUUCAGACCAGAGGGCUCAGUCCACUUCUACUUCGCAGACAGCACACUCCAAAACAGUGAAGCACAGCACAGGGUCAGGUACGAGGAUAUCCAUGAGUAAUGGACUCGCUGUUCUCCUCCUCACGACCGGCCUCAUGAGCGGAGCGUGGCUAUAGUGACUCUUUUUCCCGGAAUCACUCUUAAUUCAGAGCCAAGAGAGAAUUGCCUGCUAUUUGGACGGAGCAGACAGCACAUUCGUCCCUCAACACUGCACCCAACAUAGUCUAAUGAUCAUCACCAGAAGCACCUUCCUUUCUAAAGCCUAGGAGAAGGAAACUGCCACAACGGACACGUGCUUCACGCUCAAAAUCAAACUCCAGACCAGACAAACGGACACGGACUCUUAUGGGAUCUUGCACCCUUAUAUAUUUUUUUGGUUGGUUUUUGUUGACCUUUUAUCUCCAGCUGUGAAUUUAAUACAUGCUCUGAAGUUGCAAAGAGUCUAUAUUUGUGUAAAAUAUGAAUAUAUGAACAGAUAUACAGUAUAUAUAUAUAUAGUAUUUGAUUUCAAAUUCCCUCCCCUCUGUACAGCCGCCAUUCACUCGUCGUGUAUUCACAUGCAAAAACAGCCUUGAAGUGAAAAUAACUGCAUCGCGGCUUAGUACAUAUUGUGUCUGGAUCGCUAACUGAGCUCAGCUUGACUGUGUGGUAAAUCACGGUUGUUAUUGCUUUAUUUUUUUGACAUAAUAAAUGUGAGUGUAUUCUUUUGCCCCUCCAUCCUGUAAACUCACGCCGCGUGAGAGUCACGUUGAGUUCGCAUGUUGCAUGUUGUGAGCAUAGAAGUCUAUGGCUGGAAUCAAAUCACACACUCAAUAAUGCCAUUUCAGAGCAUCGUUUCAGUGCAAUUGAAAAUAUAUUGUUUGUUUGGUUCUUAUUUACUUUUUUUGGAGAGUGGAGGGUCAGACGAAUUGAUCGAAAUAAAUGUCCUGAGCUUUGAACCUUCUCAUCACUAAAGGUGUUACAUGACCUUCAGCGCUAUUGAAUGCUGUGGUUGUGUCCUCCUAAACAUCUUAAGUAUGAUUCACCUACGUUUAAGUGCUGAAGAUGAUUGCUUUUCACCUCUUGAAGCCGCUCUCAUUUCCGCGGUUGUUUACCAUCUUCAAAAUCAUAUUGCAUCAAGGAUUUACACUAAAGCUGGCAAAAUCAAUAGUCAUUGACAAUUGGUUUUCUCUCUCAUCUUUUUUCUUAAUUUAAAAUGGAACGAGCUGAACACAAGUGACUGAACUCAAUAUGACACCAAAACAUCCUCUGCUGCAGGCGAAAUGAAGAAGAAACUGACUGAUAGAUCAUAUUCUGGUUAAUCAGGGUCAGACUGGGCAUUCUGAGAUUAAUAACCAAGAUACAGCUUGAAAAAAAAAAGGCAUCAGAAUUACAUAUUCCCUCAUGAUGCCCUUAUCACCGUAUUUUAAAAGUGAUAGUAGUGGU